GGUCCUUCACCUUCCGCGGGGCGAAUGUGGGCGUCUUGCAACGUGAAAGUUUGCUAUUACUGGGCCGCGACUUCCGUCCCUCUGAGACGGUGUUUGAAGUUGGGGCCCACCAUGGCAAAGAGCAAAUUCGAGUACGUGCGGAACUUCGAGGCUGACGACACCUGCCUGGCCCACUGCUGGGUGGUGGUGCGACUGGACGGCAGGAAUUUCCACCGGUUUGCUGAGAAGCACAACUUUGCAAAACCCAAUGACAGCCGUGCUCUCCACCUAAUGACCAAAUGUGCCCAGACUGUAAUGAAAGAACUGGAGGAUAUCGUGAUUGCAUAUGGACAGAGCGAUGAGUACAGCUUUGUGUUCAAGCGCAAAAGCAACUGGUUUAAAAGAAGAGCCAGUAAGUUCAUGACUCACGUGGCUUCCCAGUUCGCCUCCAGCUAUGUGUUUUAUUGGCGAGAUUACUUUGAGGAUCAGCCCCUUCUGUAUCCCCCAGGCUUUGAUGGUAGAGUCAUAGUGUAUCCUAGCAACCAGACCUUAAAGGACUACCUCAGUUGGCGGCAAGCAGAUUGUCACAUCAAUAAUCUGUAUAAUACGGUUUUCUGGGCACUUGUACAACAGUCUGGACUAACACCAGUACAAGCCCAAGAGAGAUUACAGGGAACUCUUGCAGCAGACAAAAAUGAGAUUUUGUUUUCCGAAUUCAACAUCAACUACAAUAAUGAGCCACUGAUGUAUAGGAAAGGGACUGUGUUGAUAUGGCAGAAGGUGGGUGAAGUCACAACAAAAGAAGUUAAACUGCCAGCAGAAAUGGAAGGAAAAAAGAUGGCAGUGACCCGGACCAGGACAAAGCCAGUGCCUCUAUAUUGUGAUAUAAUUGGGGAUGCUUUUUGGAAGGAACAUCCAGAGAUCCUAGACGAAGACAGCUGAUCCUUUGCUUUUAGCCCUGGCAUGCAUAACCAUACAAGACCUGCUCUUUCCCACUCCCCAAGUCUCCUGGCCUUAGGUGCCCUAGGAUCCCUACUACUGAGAACAGUGUGCUGGGAGUGACACAUGACUGCUCUGAGAGGGAACAGGAAAGAAGGGAUGGAUGGGGUGGUUAUCUUGUUCUGCUUUAAGUAGAACAUUUUUUUACAAUGUUGGAACAUGGUUCCUUCUGUAGAAGUGCAUUUUUUUUUUUUAAUCGUGGUGCUAUUAUUAUAAAGCAA